AUGGCUUUGCACAUCUCAUAUCUUGAUACAUUACCAGUUGAAAUUCUUCAUCAUAUUCUCGAUAAUCUCAAUACUCAAACAAUUCUAUUUUCAUUUCGCUUUGCUUGUAAACGAUUUCAUUCAAUUGGUAAUUCAUAUAAUUAUUAUGAUUUCAAUUUUGAGUCAAUAUCGAAAACAAAAUUUCUUCAUAUGUGCCGUAUAAUACCUUUUGAGCAAGUUGUUUCUUUAACAUUAUCCGAUAAAGAUGACACUCAUGGUCAAAUAGAUUUAUUUAAUUCAUUAUUCAAUAUCAAUCAGUUCAUUCGGCUUCGUUCAUUAACACUUAUUCAAAUAGAAACUCAUGAUUUAAAAUUAUUUUUGAAUUAUGCUAUUCAUUCCUCGUUAUUAUUUCUGUCUAUCGAUUGUCAAACAAUAAGUAUACAUGAAGAAAAUACUGCAUUGAAUCUUAUAUCAUCAACUAUAGAACAUUGUUCGCUGCAAACACUUAACUUGAGUAUGCGGCCUAAAGAUAUGAAAGAACUUCAAUGGCCUCUUAAUCUUACUAUCAGCUAUCUUAGAAUCAAGAACAGUAUAACGUGCGAUCAAUUCUAUACUAUUCUCCGACAUUCUCCUUGUUUGCGAACCAUCGUUUUAAAAGAUUUUAAUGUUGAUGAUACAAGUGAAAAAAUUCUCCCGUGUUUUAAUCAUGCACCAUUUUUACAAAUAAAAUCAUUAACAUGUGAAGAUGGUCGUAUACAAAUAAAUAAACUUGAACAAUGUCUUACAUUAACACCUGCGCUUGUUUAUCUGAAAUUGAUCGGUUGUGGAAAUUUAUUCUGUUCUACAUUUGAUGGUUAUCGGUGGGAGCAAUUGAUUAAAAAUAAGCUUCCAUUAUUAGAAAAAUUUGAUUUUUUAAUCUCGGCUUUCACUCAUGUUAACUUCGAUACAAGUACCGUCGAAGAAAUGAUUUCUUCGUUUCGAACAUCAUUUUGGCUAGAUGAAAAGCAUUGUUUGGUUACAUGUGAUUAUAUUAUUUGUUCGCAUAAACUUUUACUUUAUUCAUUACCAUUCUGUACCGAGCAUUUUGUAUAUUAUAAUACGGAUACUAGGAAAGUUUCUGCUAAGAACUUUACUGUAACGAAUAAUUAUUCGAUGAUGAUGGAUAAUGUGAAAGAAUUACAUUUACAUUUAACUGAAUUUAUUAAUGUUGAUGAAAUAGAAAAAGUAUAUCAUUUACUAUUUCGAAAUGUUACUGAACUUACCAUAGCUACGAAUGGUGGAUGGCCAGACGAUGCAUUUAGAUUUUUUUCGACAAUAAUCGACCUAUCACAUAUUGAGAAACUUUCAUUAUCAAUUAGAUUCAUUGAUGAAUAUACUCCAAUUAUUGUUCAUAGUAUUAAUCAGUUACUCAAAUGUUCUCCUAAUAUUUAUGUGUUAUCUUUACAUGACUUUUGGAGUGCAGAUAAUUUUGCAUCAACUGUAGAAACAGUAUAUUCAAUGAUAACUCCAAAUAUAAAACAUUUAAAUAUUCGGGUGCAAAAUAGUGACGAAGUUAAAUUUAUUAUUGAAAAUUUUGAAAAUUUAAAAAGUAUCACUUUUGAAUAUGCACAAAAUUUAAUUUUAAACCGUGGAAAAUUUAUUGAAGUCUUCUCAGAUAUGAAAAGGCAUAUUUCAAGAUGGGAAAGUCAUUACGCCUUCCAUGUAUGGUUAGAUAAGGCUUGA